GUUGUUCCGUCUUGCAGCCGGAGCGUCCGAUCGAUGGGCGGUUCUCCGGGGGGAGCUGCCGCGCCGCCUGCGAGCUGGGGAUGCGCACUCGGAAGAAGGGACAGACGCUGGCAGUCUGGCCCAGGAGAUGGACUGGCGCGCUAGCGGCGGCGGCGUAGGAGAGAAGCUCAAGCUGCAGCGAACCGGGGCUGCCGCCGAAGAGACAAGACUGCCGACUUGGGCUCAUUAGUUCCCCACGUCUCUCUCUCUCUCUCUCUCUCUCUCUCUCUCCGAGGGAGUUGAGGCAGCUGAAACUACACCCAGUCACAAACAUUGUUUUUUGGCUUCUGGGAACCAAAAGCUGGAAGCUGCAAGGAUGCUGCUGGCGAUUUGCACACAGUGUGCGCAUUGCUGUGGCAGAAUGCCGAGGCUCACUUUCCUCACUGUGGGAUGAGUGGCUCCUCGGCGCGGUACAGGUGAUCGCCGGUGCGCCACAGCACAUCAUUUUUUAUUAUGGACCUGCAGAUCGGCUCGCAUCUUUAAAAUUCCAGGAUUGUAGCUUUCUUCUGGUCUCCGCAGCUGUGAUGGUGGGUUGCAGGCAGAACUCUCAGGGUCUAGGAGAAGAAAAACAGGGAGACUUUCUCAUCUGCUGCUCGGGGCUCAGUGCAACUGGCAUUUGCAACUUUUUCAUCAUUCUGCCUUUGCGUAGCUUGUCAUAGAUUUCACGUUUGCCAUUAAGCGGAGGUUCCUAAACUGAAUGUAAAUCUGUAUUUGGACUUAACUCUUUUGGACCUGGACACCCAUUGCCAUGAUGAUUCCCUAGGAAGAUUCCCGUUGGACCCAAUCGAAGGAGCACCACCUGUGUCCGCUUGGUUCCUCUUCUGCAAGGAAAACUUUCAGCCUCUUCAGGAAAUGGCUUUCCUUGUUCGUUGCUAUGCCAACUGCUUGCAGCCAUGGUCCCCCAAACUCCCUGGAGACCUCAACAAAAUGUACCUCACGGACCAUCCCCACCAGCAUAUGAUGCACGUUCCUGCCAGUCAAUCAGGAUGCAGCAUUGGCAGUGAUUCUGGGAGCAGUAGCCUAUCAGACAUCUACCAGGCCACUGAGAGCGAGAUGAGCAACGUGGACCUGUGUGGUCUGCCAGAAGCCCCUGUUGACUCAGAGGAAGAAGAGGAGGAUGAUGAAGAUAUUGAGAGGGUCUCAGACUCUCUGCUGAGCAGAGACAUGGUUCGAGAGUGCCUUGAGAAAGAUCCAAGUGAUAGGAGUGAUGAUGACAUUGAGCAACUUCUGGAGUUCAUGCACCAGCUCCCUGCUUUUGCCAACAUGACCAUGUCUGUCAGAAGGGAGCUCUGCUCUGUGAUGAUGUUUGAGGUGGUGGAACAAGCUGGCACGGUCAUCUUACGGGACGGACAACAGUUAGACCUAUGGUACGUGAUCCUAAAUGGAUCUGUGGAGAUAGAGCACACCGACAGCAGGACAGAGACCUUGUGUAUGGGCAACAGUUUUGGCACUUCACCCUCGCUGGACAAGCAAUACAUGAGUGGGGUGGUGCGGACCAAAGGGGACGAUUGCCAGUUUGUAGUCAUAACGCAGGAGGACUACUGGCACAUCCUCAAUCAUGUGGAGAAGAACACGCACAAGGUGGAGGAGGAGGGCGAGAUUGUCAUGGUGAAGGAGCAUCGUGAGCUGGACCGCAGCGGAACCAUGAAGGGCCACAUCGUCAUCAAGGGAACUCCAGAGCGGCUGAUUAUGCACCUGGUAGAGGAACACUCAGUGGUGGACCCAACCUAUGUGGAGGACUUCCUUCUGACCUACCGCACUUUCCUCUCUGACCCCAUGGAGGUGGGAAAGAAGUUGCUGGAGUGGUUCAAGGUGGACAGCCUCAGAGACAAGGUCACACGAGUUGUAUUAUUGUGGGUGAACAAUCAUUUCAAUGACUUCGAAGGAAACUCAGAAAUGACUCAGUUCCUUGAGGACUUUGAAAAACAACUGGAAGCGGCAAAAAUGAAGGGUCACCUGAGGCUUCUGAAUAUCGCCUGUGCUGCCAAAGCCAAAUGGAGGCAGGUCACGCUGCUGAAACCCACCAGAGACUCUCCCCUCCACUUUACCCUGCAAGGCGGCAGCGAGACGGGCUUCGGCAUUUUUGUUGAAUCCGUGGAGGAGGGCAGCAAAGCUGCCGAGGCUGGCCUCAAGCGAGGAGACCAGAUCAUGGAGAUAAAUGGACAGAAUUUUGAGAACAUCGCCUACUCAAAAGCUGUGGAUAUACUGAGGAACAAUACACACCUCUCACUCACAGUGAAAACAAACAUAUUUGUGUUCAAAGAGCUGCUGUGUAGGAUUAAGCAUGAGAAGAAGAAUGGCUGUCCUCACAUCCCCAAGAUACAGGAGAAAAAGGGCAACCGCUACUCCAUCCCAGGGCUGUCUGGUGACAUGGAGCAAAUGUUUCCCUUGGAGAAUGAUGGUAAAAAAGCCAAGGCCAACAGUUCAUCUGGUGGGAGGAACAAGAUCAGGAAGAUCCUGGACAAGACGCGCUUCAGUCUCCUACCCCCCAAACCUCUCAGUGACAGCAGCCUGGGUGUGUCCCAGGAUGACAGCAUUGUGGGCACCAAGCAGUGCAGACACAGCGUGGCUGUCAUGCCCGUCCCCGGAGCCCUCUCCUCCAGCAGCCCGGACCUCCUGCAGCCAGCUGCUGCCAUGCUGGAACUCUCCAACCCCCCAGCUUCAGGAUUCUUCUACAAUCCAGAUCAGGUAAUCCGCGUAUUCAAAGCGGACCAGCAAAGCUGCUACAUCCUCAUCAGCAAAGACACCACAGCCAAAGAAGUCGUGUCCCACGUGGUGACUGAAUUCGGCUUAGCGGAGGCAUCUGAGGCCUACUCUCUGUGCGAGGUGUCGGUCAGCCAUGAGGGGGUCAUCAAACAGAGAAGGCUGCCUGACCAGCUCUCCAAACUGGCUGACCGCAUUCAGCUCAACGGCAGGUACUACCUGAAGAACAAUGCAGAGACAGAGACACUUUGUUCGGAUGAUGAUGCCCAGGAGCUGCUCAGGGAGAGCCAGAUCAACCUACUGCAGUUGAGCACCAUAGAGGUCGCUGCCCAGCUCUCAAUCCGUGACUUUGAGCUCUUCCGCAACAUUGAGUCCACUGAAUACGUAGACGACCUCUUCAAGUUGGAGCCUGCUGCUGGUGACACACACCUCAGACAGUUUGAGGACCUUAUCAACCAGGAGACCUUCUGGGUGGCCACUGAAAUCCUCAAAGAAGCCAACACACUCAAGAGAAUGAAGACCAUUAAGCACUUCAUCAAGGUCGCCCUCCACUGCCGCGAAUGCAAGAACUUCAACUCCAUGUUCGCCAUCAUUAGUGGGCUGAACUUGGCUCCUGUGGCUCGUCUGAGGGGAACAUGGGAAAAACUGCCAAACAAAUAUGAGAAACUGUUUCGGGACCUGCAGGACCUGUUUGACCCCUCCAGGAACAUGGCCAAGUAUAGAAAUGUGCUCAAUGCCCAAAACAUUCAAGCCCCUAUCAUCCCUCUGUUCCCAGUGCUGAAGAAGGACCUCACUUUCCUGCAUGAGGGAAAUGACAACAGCGUGGAAGGGCUAGUAAAUUUCGAGAAGCUGCGGAUGAUUGCUCAAGAGAUACGCAAUGUUGUGCGCAUGACCUCGGCCAACGUGGACCCAAACCUCAUGUUCAGGCAGAGGAAGAAAAGAUGGAAAAGCCUAGGAUCCCUAAGCCAAGGCACACCCAAUUCUAACAUCCUGGAAGCCCAAAGCGGGGGCAACAAGAAGCGUGUGCGCCGCAGCUCAUUGCUCAAUGCCAAGAAGCUGUACGAGGACGCCCAGAUGGCCCGCAAGGUCAAACAGUACCUGUCCAACCUGCAGGUGGAGACAGACGAGGAGAAGUUCCAGAUCAUGUCACUGCAGUGCGAGACAGGUUACAGCUCCUCGUCCAAAGGCCUGGGGGAGAGGAGGUCGGUGAAGUCAGAUGUGUCCCCAGUGUCCCAUCGGCCAUCAAUAGCGUCGGGGAAGUCCCCACAGCAUCGCAUGAGCCAAGUGUUACUGGCGCCGCCAGUGAGCCUCUACGCACUGCGCAAGAAAGGCACUGCCAAGGACUCUGGCCCCCACAGCCCCAGCCCUCCUCAAAUGAUCAAGAGGCCGACGACAGAGUCAUUUGAAGACUGGGGUGAAAAGGUGGCCUCUGAAGAUUCCAGCCCCACAGUGUCUCCACAUGGGUCCCCACACAAGGGAAGUGGUGGGUCCAGGUCUCGGAAUCCCAGUCCAGUGCACCUCUUGAGCUCCUCUCCAGCCAGUGAAACCAGCACCAAGCUCAUCUGUGCUCACAUAGGAAAGCUGGACAGUGUUGGGAAUAACAACUCCCCAGUGGAAUCUCCUUUGACUCCGGGUUCGGAAAACUGCUGCCACGUUAAAGCCUGCGCAGAUGCUCCUAGCCCUACCUACGCUCCGAUGGGGAGGAGGGACCGCACCUACGCAGACAUCAAACACAGCCAGUCUUCCUCCAGCUCCUCUCUGGUGAGGACGGCUGUGACGAGGGCAUCCACCCUCCCGUGCUCCGUGAUCCAGAGGCAGCUGGCCCAGGACCAUGCUGCCGUCUCCGUGGAGACAGGCGGACGCGGGAGCCCGCCGUUCUGCUCGAGCAACUCCCAGCAGGACCUCCAGAGCCCUCCGACUCAUCGAGCCAGGGCGAGCCCAGACGCCCUCCGUCAGACCCAGCGCUCACCUCAGCGGGCCCUCUCCAGCCCCCUCUGCGACCCCCCAGAUGGGGACAGCAGCAUCGGCAGCUGCAGAGCCACAGAGACUGCCGCCUUGGUGCAUGCAGAGCCUCCUCGCAGGGCUCAGAGCACAGACUCCGCCUAUAAAGCUGUCACUGCAAGCACAGACCAAGGACUCGUGGUGUACUGUGUAACUUCUGGCACGAAGUACAACAGGCACAGGGGACCACCUCCAACCCCACCAGGUUAUCAGGGCCUGUCCCUGGGAGACAUGCAGGAGGAGGGGCCCAGACACCCCCACGCCAAACCUCCAGACUACAGCGUGGCCCUGCAAAGGUCCCGGCUGCUGCAGAGCCCCUGUGGCCCCGGGGGCCCUGAGGUGAUGCCCGACAUCCUGAUGCAGGCCAAAAAGCCAGCAGACAACCCCCUCGACUCUGAAAGCGCACGGAGAUCGGCUGCCAGGAAGGACGAUGAGCAGGUUUCGGCUGUUUAGCUACUGCAUUUCCAUUGGAGUCCUCUGGGGGUGCACUUGAGCUCAAUGGGUAAGACUCAGGAUGGGAGGCCAGUGCUGACUCUGCGCCGAGCACAGCUUUCCACCCCCCGUCCCACAGCACCUCCAGCCCAAAUUCACGUCAGCAACAAACAAAGAAAGGAUCUGCCUCCAAAAAUGUUUCAUCGUGAUACUUACUUUUCCCUGACAUGUUGGGGAAAUACAUUUUAUCCAGGGCAUCUUCACAACUGUAGUUUUUAAGGAGACGGUUCAUAAUCUAGUAAUCAUUUUGCUGAGUCUGCUCUUCUUUGACUGUGCUGCCAUGUUCUGUAGCUUUGGAUGGCAAAGACAAUAUUUGAGGCUCAGAUUUGUUCUGCUCUGUUCAUACUGCUUCAGCUGAGUGUAUGACUCACAUUGACCUUGAUCCUUUGUGUGCUGUUGUUUAUUAUUACAUUUUAAUUAGGCAGAUCCUUUUUAUCCAGAAUGAUCUACAAGGAUUUGAUACCAUGCGGUAGGUAUAAAUGUAGGUAUACAGUUAUUUAGGUAUUAUUACAGUGUAUGCGUUGUAAAUUUGUCAUCAGAA